GACCACGUCUCUCUGUAGAUCUCCACCAGUGGAGUUAUCGGAGGCGCCUGCCCGCACACGGAUAUGCAAAUAACCUCCUCCUCCCUCAGGGGAGAGCGCUGGUUGGCGGAGAGAGGCCGCGACCACACAGCUGUGAGGGGAGGGGGGCGUGGGGGAGCCGUCGCGUUGGAGACCGCGGGUUCGGCGUUCCAAUCCCCCCUUCCUCCCCCCGCAGUCGGGGAGCCCCCGCGCGGCGGUGAGAGGGGCCGGGGGUGCGUGUGGGUCCCCUCAGAGUUCCCCGUAGGUGCUCCGCGGUCCGAGGGCUUCGCGGCACCGGCGCCGCCGCUCCCGGGGACGGUGGGGGCACCGGGGUGACGCCGGUGGGAGAGGGCACCGCUCCCUCUGCCCUUUCCCCGGCUCURGGUGAGGGGGAGUCCUGCGGCCCGAGGCUUCCAGCUGGUGCUGCAGGAGCUGGAGGUGGGAUGAAGUACUGGUGUGAGGACCCCGCGCCUUAACAUAAAAAGGAAAGAGGCUGGAAUCGAUGGUGGUGUGCGCCUCUGGCUGUUCCCUAUGGCAGCCGCGGACCCCCAGGUCCUGGCCUUGGCUGCUCAGGUCACUGAGAGUAGAGAACAGGACAUCCCCCUGCUGCUGCUGAAGUUAAAGGGAAUUUUAARUAGUCCUUCCUUGGGAUGUGAAGAAUCAAAAAAAAUUAAGCAAGAUAUAUAYGAUUAUGGUCUUACUCAAUACUGCUUGCUGGUCCUUAAGCGAGAUCACUCUCAGCUGCGUGGAGCCUGGGCUACUGCUGCCCAGCUAGCAGAGAUACUGAGUCAUUGUUGUGUAGGAUUAGAGGUGAAAGAAGAUCCUGAAGAAUUUUACAAGAAGUUUCUUCCUUCAUCAGUAGACACCCUACUCGUUUUGGGAAAACGCUUGCAAGCACGAUUUAUCCGUGCAAUCAAGGAUAAAGAAAAACAAGACUUUUUGCGUUGGUUCCAAAUAGUAACUGAUGCCAUCUGCUGGCUGAUCGGUGGGCAUAUUCAACUAGCAGCAUGUGUACUGCAAAAUGAUCGCUUCCUGCAGUUGUUAAUAACAGAUGAUGUUGAAACAGCAAUUAUAAUGAUGUUUAUGUUACACAAUAUUUUGAGGAUCAAUAGUUCUGUCCUGCUUGAAGUUGAUAAAGAGACCCUUCACUCUGUUUUGGAUGAACUUGUUUAUAAGCUUUCGUCUACCACCAAUCCUGCUGUAGGAAGUGCUGCCACAAAACUGCUGUUGUUGGUGGCAAAGUUUUGCAAACAGCUUGUGCAGUUGUUCAUAGCUCGCUACAAAGGAUUAAAAGGGCUUUUAAGUAAACAGUGGACUGGCAAAGGAUUUGAUAGGGAGCUCAAUCAACUCUUGGACCUGCUCUAUUUGGAACAAUCCAAUGGAAAAGGAGAAAUGCAGAAGCAGCAUCAAGCAGCUUGUAUAAUCCAGGCUGUGUGGCGGGGAUUUCAGACAAGGAAAAGGCUGAAAAAGCUACCCCGAGCAGUGACCACCAUACAGAGAAGCUUCAGGGCUAAAAGGGAACAGGAGCUGCAGCAUUUAGCAAAACAGAAGGAAGAUGAAGCUCUAAAACUUCAAAUGCAACUUCAGAGACAGAGGGCCAUGAGGCUCUUCCAUGAACGACAGCUGGCCUUACUGGAAGUUGUCCAUGCCAGUCAGGUGAAUAAAUACAUGGAGGAAAUGGAGGAGAAAUCAGCAUUAACUAUCCAGAGAUUCUGGCGAGGCUAUAGAGCAAGAAGAAUUUUUCAUCAGCAGAAGCAAUCUCUUAAGGAGUAUAAGGCAGCUAUCAUCAUUCAGAGAGCAGUUUGUAAAUUCUUGGAGAAACGAAGAAGGAGGCGACCUCUUUCUCCUUGGAAAGGACCCAAGGGACUGUCUGAUGAGCAGAGACUAGCUUUGCAGCAGAAGGUGGAUGACUACAUCAAAUUGCAUCCGGCUUCCCAAAUGUCAGAAGAAAUGAGUAAAGAAUUGCAUAYGCAAGCUCAGGCAAAGCUGGCACAGUUCCUGUUGAGGAGCAGGCUGGAUCAGAGAGCAGCACAGCGGAGAGAGGCUUUAUUGGCUCAGGUCAACACCGAUGUGGAGCUGCUAAUGAAUGCUCCAGGUUUAGCAGAGACCACAGAAAAAGAUCUUGGUGCCUUUAUGAGUCGAUCAAUGCCUGUGGCUGCCAAGGCAAGACAAACUCACAACACUAUGCUGAAAUACACACGUUGGCCAUGGUGGAAGAAGCUUGGAGAUGAGUUUAUGGAGGACARUGUAAUUCCUGACGAUGCCGUAAACACAGAACUGGAAACUCUCUUYAUUGGAGGAAGGAAAUAAUUUUAGCUUUAGCUGUAACUGGACUCUGCAAACAACAGGAUGUUCAUCUCCAGCAGGGGCACAGGCAUACACUCGAGACUGUGCUGCUAAGUCCAAGGGCGUCUCCUGGCCUUUCAGACUGGCUGUAACAGGAGCUCUGAGCUGAGGACAAGAGAUAACCCUGAUGCUAUUUCACCCCUCGCCUCUCAGUCUUCUACUGCCCAUUUCCAGGGGAGCAGAAUCUGGUGCAAACAUCUGCUCUGCACUGCAGAGUAUCACGUAUAUGGAGUACAAGGAGAAACAAAAGCUUUCUCUGAGUAGCGGAAUCGCGGCUAUUUAUAAAUUAGCAUGCAUUGAAAAAGGACGCCACUCAUUGCAGGGGAGCUGCAAAGACCAUCACAAUAGGUCUCCAAGUUCUCCUUAUUGUCCUUCUUCACCACACAGUAACACCAGGUCAUCCCCUAGGCAUCCUUGUGUCCAGUGAGAAAUCCUUUAAGAAUGAGAUUGUUUACUACAUGAGUAAUGUAUGGGCCCAGAGUGACCAAGGGGARCUAUAGGACAGCUGCCUCCUGUCCCCUCUCCCCUGCCCUUCCUGAAGGCAAGGCUGGGUUUAUUCCAGGUACCUUCUUGGGACAGGAURGCAAACUGGCAGGUGAAGACCAAGGACAGGACAUCACAGCUCUGGCAGUUUUUCCCGAUUGUGCCAGAGAAUGUGACUUUGAGCACAUUCUGUCUCUGUCUUUUCCUCUGUCAGAUGAGGUUUAACUGAGGAGGUUUCAUAUGUUUUAUUUGUAAUUUAAGAGCCUUCAGUGGAGGGUGCUGUGAGCCCAGUGCCACUCCUUUCUACUAAGGUGAAAUGGGAGUUUAACAGGCCCCAGAAAAAAAAAAAAAAAAUCUGUAUAAUCGGCUGUUGAACACACAGAAAGAGUUCAGGGUUGCUCUGCUAUUUCCUUCUCUCCACAUUCAACUUUUUUUUUUCUCCAGAAUUUAGUUCUUCUUUAAUUAUGUCCUCAAACAAUGUCUUUACCUAUGUUGGAUCACUUAAUAAAACCCAUGAAUGUGAGCAAUUCAGAUCAAGGAC